AUGGCGGGCACGGCUGCCCCCGCAGGUACCACUGAGCACCCCUUCACCUGCCGGGAGUGCGGCAAAUCCUUCCGCUGGUCCUCGCGCCUGGCACAUCACCUGCGCAGCCACACAGGUGAGCGGCCCUACAAGUGCCCCGAGUGCCCCAAGAGCUUCAAGCGCUCGUCGCUGCUGCAGACUCACCUGCGCGUGCACACGGGGCUGCGCGCCUUCAGGUGCGCCCAGUGCGGCCUCACCUUCAAGUGGGCCUCUCACUACCAGUACCACCUGCGGCAGCACUCGGGCGAGCGGCCCUACCGCUGCCCCACCUGCCCCAAGGCCUUCAAGAACUCGUCCAGCCUUCGGCGCCACCGCCACACCCACACGGGCGAGCGCCCACACACCUGCGCCACCUGCGGGAAGGGAUUUGCCCAGGCCGCCAACCUGCGGCAGCACCUGCGGGUGCACACGGGCGAGCGGCCAUACACCUGCGCCGCCUGCGGCAAGAGCUUCACACACUCAUCCAACCUGCACCUGCACAGGCGCACGCACAGCCCCGCCCCUCAGUGCCCCGCCUGCGCCACGCCCUUGGCCUCGCAUGCCUGUCCCCGGCGGUGCCCGCAAGGCCCCGCCCCCGCUGCCACCGCCUCACCUGAGCCGCUCUGGAGGCCUCUGGGGGUCACCUGCGCCGAGCAAGAGGGGACAGGGACGGCGGCCCCAGCCCCACCCCACCGCUGCCUCACCUGCGGCAAGAGCUUCAAGAAUGGCUCGGGGCUGGCGCGGCACCUGCCCGGCCACGAGCGGCCCAGGUGCACCGCGACCCCCAGAGCCCCACCCCGCCCGGCCGCGCCUCCUCCGGGUGAAGGCACCGCCGAGCCGCCGGCGCCGCCCGAGCGGCCGUACAGGUGCAGCGAGUGCGGCAAGGCCUUCAGGGGCUCCUCGGGGCUGCGCUACCACCUGCGCGACCACACGGGCGAGCGGCCCUACACCUGCUCCACCUGCGGCAAGAGCUUCAAGCGCUCGUCGCUGCUGCAGACUCACCUGCGCGUGCACACGGGGCUGCGCGCCUUCAGGUGCGCCCAGUGCGGCCUCACCUUCAAGUGGGCCUCUCACUACCAGUACCACCUGCGGCAGCACUCGGGCGAGCGGCCCUACCGCUGCCCCACCUGCCCCAAGGCCUUCAAGAACUCGUCCAGCCUUCGGCGCCACCGCCACACCCACACGGGCGAGCGCCCGCACACCUGCGCCACCUGCGGGAAGGGAUUCGCCCAGGCCACCAACCUGCGUCAGCACCUGCGGGUGCACACGGGCGAGCGGCCGUACACCUGCGCCGCCUGUGGCAAGAGCUUCACGCACUCGUCCAACCUGCACCUGCACAGGCGCACGCACUCGGCGGCGCGGCCCUUCCGCUGCCCCGCCUGCCCCAAGGCCUUCGUCGUGGCUGCCUACCUGCAGCGGCACCUGCGCACGCACGGCGCCGCCCCGCGCCGCGCGCCCGGCCCCGCACCAUCGCCGCCCGCCGCUUACCUGCUGCUGCCCUCGCCGCCGCGGGGGCCGCGGGUCCUGCCCGCGGCCUCCUCCCCCCGCAAGGUGCUGCUGCUGCCCGCCCCGCCCGGCCACGUCCGGCCGCACCUGGCGCAGGUGGGCAAGGGGCAGCGCGCCUGGCAGAGUGUCCUGGUCAUACCUGGAGCGGGGCCGGAGGGGGCGGGAGCAGGGGUGCAGCUGCAGGUGGCUGAGGUGACAGGGGUGGCGGGGGUCACAGGUGUCACAGGUGUUACAGGUAUAGGUGUGACAGGAGUGAAGGGGGUCACAGGGGUCACAGGUGUCCAGCUCCAGGUGCUACGGGUGCCCUCAGAGGUGACCAAUGUCCAGGUGCACAGUGGGGAAGUGACAGGUGUCCAGCUCCAGGUGCUUCCAGUGCCUUCAGAAGUCAGCAAUCUCCAGCUCCAGGUGCUGCCACCACCAGCAGAAGUGGCCAAUGUCCAGUUCCAGGCCCUGCCGUUAACCUCAGGUGUCCCCAGUGUCCAGCUCCAGGUGUUGCCAGCACCUCCAGGUGGCACCAGUGUCCAGCUCCAGGCCACUGAGGUGACCAAUGUCCAGCUUCAGGUGCUGCCACCACCACCUGAGGUGACCAAUGUCCAGCUCCAGGUGUUAUCACCACCACCUGAAGUGACCAAUGUCCAGCUCCAGGUGUUGCCACCACCACCACCUGAAGUGACCAAUGUCCAGAUCCAGGUGUUAUCACCACCACCUGAGGUAACCAAUGUCCAGCUCCAGGUGCUGCCACCACCACCUGAGGUGACCAAUGUCCAGCUCCAGGCCACUGAGGUGACCAGUGUCCCCCUGGAACCUGCAGAGCUGUCCAGUGUCCACCUGGAAUCUGCAGAGGUGCCCAAUGUCCACCUGGAGACCUCAGAGGUGACCGAUGUCCACCUGGAGACCACUGAGGAGGUGCCCAGUGCUCACCUGGAGACUUUGGAGAUGACCAGUGUCCACCUGGAGACCUGUGAAGUGACCAGUGCCCACCUGGAGACAGCAGAGGUGCACCUGGAUCCCCCCUAGGAGGUUCCCAGUGUUCACCUGGAGGCAUCAGAGGUGCCCAGUGCCCACCUGGACACCGUGGAGAUGACCAAUGUCCACCUGGAAGUGCCCAGUGUCCACCUGGAUACAUCAAAGGUGCCCAGUACCCACCUGGAGAACUGACAGGUGCCCUCUGACCACCUGGACACCUUGGAGGCAUCCAGUGUCCAUCUUGAGACCACUGAGGAGGUGCCUGGUGCCCACCUGGACACCUUGGAGAUGGCCAGUGCCCACCUGGAAGUGUCCAAUGCCCACCUGGAGACCUGA